CGUGUUUCCCGGCGUGUUGACUAACCGCACGUCCUCCUUCGUCAACAUGGCGCCGAUGUUGGCACCGCUGAAAUGUGGCUACCACAUUCAAAAACGAAAAUUAGCCCUGCUUCUUCGACAGACGAGCUCGUAUCACAUUUGGAGUAAAAGUGGCAGUGAGAACGGGACGGCCCAUAAGCGCCAGAGUUCAUAUCAACUGAGUUCCCCUUCACACCUACGAACAGCUACAUGGAACACAGGGAGGAGCGACAACAGUCGGCAGAUUCUGGAGGCAGCAAAACAUUUGCAGGUUACAAACAAAAGAACAUGUUGGCACGGAAAUGCAGGAGGAAAGCUGAACGCAGACCCCAAAAAUGUGCUGAAGGAGGUGAAUUCAGCCCAGAUCCUGUCUGCGAUGCUGUCUUACGUGUGGCCGAAGGAUAGACCAGACCUGCGAGCUCGUGUUGCCAUCUCACUGGGCCUGCUAGCUGGAGCCAAAAUCACCAAUGUGACGGUGCCCUUCAUGUUUAAGUAUGCAGUGGACGAGCUUAACCAGAUGUCGGGACACAUGCUGAACCUGAAUGACGCGCCAAGCACUGUGGCUACCAUGGCAACGGCCGUGCUGAUUGGCUAUGGCGCGUCACGGGCGUGUGCAGCCUUCUUCAACGAGCUGAGGAACACUGUGUUCGGCAAGGUGGCACAGAGCUCCAUCCGACGCAUCGCCAAGAACGUCUUUCUCCACUUGCACAAUCUGGAUCUGGGUUUCCAUCUCAGCCGUCAGACAGGAGCCCUGUCCAAGGCUAUCGACCGCGGCACACGGGGCAUCUCGUUUGUCCUCAGUGCUCUCGUCUUCAAUCUAGGACCCACUGUCUUUGAGAUGGGACUUGUCAGUGCCAUUUUGUAUUACAAGUGUGGCGGGCAGUUUGCAGCAGUGGCCUUGGGUACCUUAUCAACAUACACAGUCUUCACUGUUCUCCUCACUCAGUGGAGGACUCGUUUCAGGAUAGAAAUGAACAAAGCAGACAAUGAAGCUGGAAACGCAGCUAUUGACUCGCUCCUAAACUACGAGACGGUUAAGUACUUCAACAAUGAGAAGUAUGAAGCUGCGAGGUAUGAUGAAUUCCUGAAGAUCUAUGAGUCAUUCUCUUUAAAAACCACGUCGACACUCGCCAUGUUAAACUUUGGACAGAGCGUCAUCUUCAGUUUUGGCCUCACUGCCAUCAUGUUGCUGGCCAGCAAGGGUAUCGCUGCAGGUACGAUGACCGUGGGAGACCUGGUGAUGGUGAACGGCCUGCUCUUCCAGCUCUCCCUCCCUCUCAACUUUCUGGGUACAGUGUACAGAGAGACCAGGCAGGCCCUCUUAGACAUGAACACUCUUUUCACCCUGCUCAGUGUCGACACCAAGAUCAAGGAAAAGGAUCUCGCCCUGCCAUUAGCCAUCACACCACAGGAGGCCACCAUCCGCUUUGAGGACGUUUAUUUUGAGUACCUGGAUGGCCAGAAAGUGUUAAAUGGGGUAUCCUUCGAAGUGCCUGCUGGGAAGAAGGUGGCUUUAGUUGGUGGCAGCGGGUCAGGGAAGAGCACCAUUAUGCGGCUGUUGUUCCGCUUCUAUGAGCCCCAGCAGGGGAACAUCUACAUAGCGGGGCAGAACAUCCGAGACGUCAGCCUCGACAGCCUGAGGAAGUCUUUGGGGGUCGUACCACAGGAUGCUGUUCUUUUCCACAACACCAUCUUCUACAAUCUGCAGUACGGGAACAUCAACGCCACACCAGAGGAAGUGCACCAAGUGGCGCGCCUAGCAGGCAUCCAUGAUGCUAUCCUCAGGAUGCCCCAUGGCUAUGACACCCAGGUUGGGGAGCGGGGCCUCAAGCUGUCAGGAGGUGAAAAGCAACGUGUUGCCAUCGCCCGUGCAAUCCUUAAGAAUCCACCCAUCCUCCUGUAUGAUGAAGCAACAUCCUCCCUUGACUCUAUCACAGAAGAGAACAUCCUCAGUUCAAUGAAAGAGAUGGUGAAGGACAGAACAUCGGUGUUCAUCGCCCACAGGCUCUCCACUAUUGUAGACGCGGAUGAGAUUAUAGUGCUCAAUGAAGGUAAAGUGGCAGAGCGAGGCAACCACCAGGCCCUCCUCAGCAUUCCAGGCAGCCUGUACGCAGACCUCUGGAACACCCAGAACAGCAAAAUCCUCAACAACAGCAAAGGUCCCCACGAUGCUCCGGUUGAGCGCCUCUCCCAGAAGGAGGAGGAGAGGAAGAAAUUGCAGGAGGAGAUCCUCAACAGUGUGAAGGGCUGUGGGAACUGCUCCUGUUGAGAGGGGCUGCCAUAUCUCCACACCUCGCCAUCCCCUCACAGAUAGCCUACUCUGGAAUCUGCUGGAGUCUGUGCAGUAUUGGGGAGGGAAGCGGCAUAUGGGUACUUCCCCUCUGCCCACACCCACUGCAGCCAAGCCCCCACCCAUGUGACUACCCCUCCUCCUACUCACGUGAAUAAAGGCAACUGCUCGCCAAAGUAAAGGAGGAGGAGCAGAACGGGGAGCAAGUGUGUUUAGCACUGGCGGCUGUCCAGCAAUGGAGCCUGUAUGCCAGUUGCCUCAGCUGAAGCCAACCAUAAGAGACCUCGUAUAUCACAUACGUGUGUGUAAGACAUCUGUUAGUCAACAUGGCUGCCCCCCCCUCCUCCACAUUUUUGACAUCAGGUUUGUUGACAUCUCCCAUUGCACUGGAAACAGAUGAGCGUAUAUGUAAUGAAAAAUUAAAUAUGCCUUGAUAAUGUUCCAAAAUUUGUAUUGAUAUAACUUUUUAAAUUAUUUUCAAAUAAACGUAAUCUCUAGUUAUUUUUUUAUUACAAGGUUGUGCAUAUACUUCAAUGUAUUCUGGGAUUAGUUGAUCAGUUUAACGACUGCAUUAUAAAAAUGGCUUUGCAGCAUUUUGUUUGAAGAAACCUAUUUCAAAAAGACUUCAGUGGAAUUCAGUGGUAAAGCACAUUGCCCAUGUCUGUGUUCUCAAUGCAUGUUCUAAAUAUAUCAAAUUUGGCAGAUACACAAGUAUUCUCGAUGAAUAACAACGUAAUGUGAGUGUUUCGACCCAUGAACAUACAGAACAGCUCCCCAGUGAAUAAGCAGUAUGUCACAGUCACACUGAUAUAAAUAUCACACUCUGAGAACGACAAGAAGCACCUUUAAUAAAUCAUGAAUGAUUUUCGCCACAUUUGGAGGCACUACUUGAAAGCCUCCUCUGGGAACAUUUUACAGUCAUAUUGAGCUUUGGUUAGCAGACCUCUUCCAUCAAAAACGUAUUCAUAGAGACCUUGUGAAAAUGUUAAGACAGCUUUUUGGAUUGUAUAAAGUGAACACAAAGACUUUGUGCUGAAGGUUACAUGUAAUUGUUAAUAUUUAAAAACUGACAGUUCAUGUAAGUCCUCUGAAGGCUGGUUUGGCUUUGAUACACAUAUGUUGGGAACCUUGGUAUGUUAUUGUAUCUAUAUCAAAUAUUGUGUCUCGUACUAAACACUGAUAUGUAAAACUUGUUUUUAAUAUUCUGGAUUACGUCGGCUGAGUGAGUACACAGAAAAUAAAUGUAGAAUCUUGUUGAAAUAA